UGUAGGCUGAGCCAGAGCCAGAAACAACCCCUGCCUGCCCCGGCUGCCCUGGCGCCGCAACGCAACCUCAGCUGGAAACGAAGGAAGCUCUCUUUUCCACAACAACACACCACACCACUGCCAAAAUCCCCCCCGACUCCCCUGAGGCCCUCUCUCCUCUCUAUUUGCUUUUUUUGUCUUCUCUUCUUCUUUCCAUCAGCGACUGGGCCCCCAUCUACCUGUUCGCACGCGCUGCCCGCUCCCCCGUUGCGACCGACCAGCCAACCAGCCAGCCCUAAAGCAGCACCACUACCCGACAGACAGACGUGUCUCUGCUGCUGCCCUGCCCCACCCGGCUCUGUUCCCACGUCUCUGCACCCCACAACUCGCCCUUCUUCCACGUUUUGUACCGACCCGAGCACCCAUCUUCUUCUCCAAUGGCGUCAGGCUUUGCCGGCUCUUUCUGGUCCAGCGACUACGCAGGUGGUCUGGGCGUCCUGUUUGGAAAAUUGCAACAGGGUGUUCAGGAAAACCAGCAGAUCCUCACCAUCGCUCGGCUGCGUGCCGACGCCGAAGAGCAGUAUGGAACUAGCCUCGCUGCCAUUACCCCUGCCACAGAGCGCGUGUCGGGCGGCUUUUCCAGAGAUGAGGGUGCCAGCGUGAGAAAGGCAUACGAAGGCGUGCGCACCGAAAUGGAAACCGCCGCCGAGAACCAUCGCAAGAUCGCAUCCAAUAUCCGCGAGCUGGUCGUGAACCCUUUUGGCCGCUGGUGCGAGGCGCAUGCGGUGCGUGUCCAAAAUUCGCAAGAUGACCUGCAAUCCCGCAUCAAGCUCCACGACCGCCAGGCCGAUGCAGUCAGCAAGUUCCGGUCGCAGUAUUACAACAAGUGCCGGCUCGUGGAGGAUCUCGACGAGGAGGACAAACUGGCUUUCCAGGACCCUCUGAGCGAGGUUUCCCAGAGCCCAAAAGUCAAGGUGCCCACGAUCAAAAUGACCGAGCACGAGGACAACGAGGACGAACCCAUUGACCUCGGUGAUGAGACGUAUGCGCCGGAGCAAGUCAAGAAGAUUCUGACCCACAUGUUGGAGGUGAUCAAGCUCGGCGAGGUCAAGGUCCCUAUCCUAGGAACAUAUCAAAACUGCUCCAAUGGCGCCGACAUCACAGACUACAUCCAAAAACACUUGAACGCAACCAGCGUCAGCUACGCCGAGCGUAUUGGCCAGGACAUGAUCGAGAACGGCUUUCUUCGUCUCAUUGGAAACGUGGGCAACACCUUCGCCAACAGCUCCCGGAUGAAUUACCAAUGGAAGACCAAGGUCUUUCAACUGACCGACAUACCGGAGAAGAAGCAGGGUCUGGCACGUUCAUCCACCACAAUGUCUACCGAUAGCUUCAACGUCGAUUCUCCUGCGGGCGCCGUUCAAGAAUAUCUGCAAGGAUGGAAUCCACUCAACAACCAACAUCCCAACGAAACACCUUCCGAGAGACUUCGCAGGGAGGCACGUGAGUCCGACGAGCGAUACAAGCAGUCGGUGAAGAAGCUCGACUCGCUGCGAUGCAACCUUGAGGAGGCCAUGAUUGACCACUUGAAGUUCAUGGAGCGCUGCGAGCUUGACAGGCUGAAGGCGAUCAAGGCUGUCAUUCUUGACUUCUCUGGCGCCAUCAGCAACGUGAUUCCUAGUCUGCAGAGUACUGUGGACAAGAUGAUGCUCUUCCAGGAGACUGUUCAGCCACUGGGCGAUCUCCGGUACCUGUUGGAGAACUACAGGACGGGCCAAUUCAUCCCUAGAGUCACUACGUACGAAAACUACUACAAUUCUGUUGAUGAACAAACUUUUGGUGUGGAUCUCGAGGCGAGGGCUCGCUCUGACCGCAAGCGUGUGCCUAUCAUCAUCACGACCAUUCUCACGUUCCUGGACAACCACUACCCUGAUCUUGAGGGUGACGAAGCCCGCCGUGGAAUCUGGCUUGUCGAUGUGCCCAUGGCACAGAUCCACGAUCUACGCUCAGCCAUCAACACGGGCAAGACAUUUCCUCAAGAUGCUCUUGAGAAGUACGAUAUACCCAUUGUUGCGAGCGUUCUCAAGCUGUACUUGCUCGAACUGCCCGACUCGCUUGUAUCUUCCCAUGUAUACGAAAUUAUCAAGACUAUCUACAGCACCACGGCCCCUGACACUUCCGAAAGUCAGCGCAUUGCUGUCAUCCAGUCGACGCUCGGCCAACUUCGUCUAGCCAACAUUGCGUCCCUCGAUGCCCUCUGCACCCAUUUCACACGCCUGAUUGAACUCACAUCAGCCGACGAAGCCUAUGUCGCCUCUCUUGCCACUGCUUUGGCGCCCUGCGUGCUUCGUCCCAAGCAGGAAAACAGCUUGACUAUGAAUGAGCGCUACAGCUACCGCCUGAUUAGGGAUCUCUUUGCCCACAAGGAUGCUAUUUUUGGUGAAUUGAAGCGAGCAAGCUCUUUGACACAUUCAUCGUCGGGUGCUCAGCGACCUCGUGCCAUCUCGACGGAUGAGAGCAACAGGCGUGCCAACUACGAAGAGCGUAACCGCGCCAUCGCUGCCCAACGUUCCCCUCGAGCUUCUUCUCCUGCACCCGGUGCCCGGAACUCGAUGGGAUCGCAUCGCCGCGAUCGCAGUCAAACGAGAUUCCCCGUCAACACAUCCUCUCCAACCGAAACCCGUCGCAACACCCGCAAUUCUCUCGAAGUUCCCGGCAACAUUGAUAGCCCUGUUGUCGAGGGAAAUGUUACCAAUGGCGCCACUACUGCGGAGCCAGCUAGCACUGAGCACCCCGCUCCAUCAAGCACUCGGGUCCCCCUUCCCCGCAAGCACGCCGGUAGCUUGGCAAGGAGCAAUCGGGACUCGACUGGUAGUCUGAGGGGCGUUACGGAGGACAGCUCGAGAGGCGUUACGCUGGAAGAUAAGCCAAUGGAUGACUAG